AUGGGGCCCCCCGGAAAAGCAGGAGCGUCGGCCCUACGCCGCCUCACGGGCGGAGAGGCGCGGGCUGUCCUGGAAGCCGCGCAGCUGGGCGCCUCUGUGCUCUUCAUCCUGCUGUACGUCUGGAGCACGUACGUGCCAGAGGCACCCGGAAGCUGGCGGUACUGGCUGGAUCUGGGGCUGUGCGCGUUCUUCUUCGCCGACUACGUGUACCGCAUUACGGCCGGCAGCGGUGGCCGCCACCCCCUGCGCGCCGCCCUGCACCCCCUCAACCUGAUUGACCUGCUGUCCUUUGUGCCGUCACUCACGGCGGUCAACCAGCUGACGGGGGUCGACCUGCGGUGGUUCAGGAUAUUCAGGGCGCUGCGCCUGCUGCGUCUGAGCCUGUUGGAGGGCAACCUGCCCCACAUGCGCCUGUCACGCGGCGCGCUGCUGGCUGGCGCCGUCAACGUGCCGCUGCUGUGGUUGGUUGCCAGCGUGUGUGCAUGGCUCUUCACCAGUGCGGCGAUGGUGCAGGUCAUUGAGAAGAUGCCUUUUCAUGACGCGGUCUACUUUAUCACCACGACACUCACCACUGUGGGCUACGGCGAUGUUGUGGUCAAGUCCAGCAUAGGUCGCCUCGCGGUGCUGGUGAUGAUGCUGGUGGGCGUGGUACUCAUCCCGGCACGCGCCAGCCAGCUGUACUCACGCUUCUCAGAGCGCCGCACGGUGGCCGGGCCGAUACCCACUGGGCGGCGGCCGUUUGUGAUAUUCAGCGGCAAGCUCAGUGACGUCAGGGGCUUCAACGACUUCUUCUCAUCAAUACUUACACAGAUCCGUCUGGAUGGCUCUGAACGCUGGCGGCAGCUGCAAAUGGUGUGCCUCACCGACCACGCACGCCCAGAGUUCCUCGCCCUGCAGGAGCUCUAUGAGCGGCAGCUGACGCUGAUAGAGGGCAGCGCCCUGUGGGAGCCGGAUCUGCUGGGCCGCGCGCGCCUGCCACUGGCUGAGGCGGCGAUGGUGCUGGCGGACCGCUUCAGCAGCGAUGCGGAGGCGGAGGACACCGAUGUGCAGUUCAGGGUGUGGGCCAUGAAGAGCGUCACCAAGAAGGUCCCCCUCUACGUACAGGUGCUGCAGCUGUCUUCAGUGACCACCAUCGCCCCAUUCCUGGACCCGGCACGAGAUGUCGUCACCUCCCUGGAGCAGACGCGCCACCGCCUGCUGGCGCUCAACUGCCUUGCGCCGGGGGCCAGCACGCUCAUCACAAACCUGCUGCGGUGUACUGGCCAAAAGCCGCGCGG